AUUAUGAAUAUUUAUUUUUAUUCAAAAACUAUCGAUUCAUUGAUAUUUUUGGCCUACUAUCACUAAAAGUGCAACAAAGCAAUUGGAUUCGUACAUUUUCUCAAGUCUAUUUAAAGACCUCAAAAAUUGAAUAUGGGAAAGAAUAAAAAAAACAAGGCCGGAGGGAACGCAGCGAGUGACGCAGCUGCAGCACCACAGCAGCAACAACAGCAACAACCACAGCAGCAACAACCGCGGCAGCAACAACCACAGCAGCAACAACCGCGGCAGCAACAACCACAGCAGCAACAACAACUGCAGCAACAACAACAGCAACAACAACAGCAGCAACAACCGCGGCAGAAACAACAACAGCAGCAACAACAACAAGGUUGGCAACAGUCGGGAAGACAGGGACCACAAGGGCAACAAGGACAAGGGCAACAAGGUGGUUUCCAACAGGGACCACAAGGGCGACAAGGCCAAGGGCAACAAGGUGGUUUCCAACAGGGACCACAAGGGCGACAAGGACAAGGGCAACAAGGUGGUUUCCAACAGGGACCACAAGGGCAACAAGGCCAAGGGCAACAAGGUGGUUUCCAACAGGGACCACAAGGGCGACAAGGACAAGGGCAACAAGGUGGUUUCCAACAGGGACCACAAGGGCGACAAGGACAAGGGCAACAAGGUGGUUUCCAACAGGGACCACAAGGGCGACAAGACCAAGGGCAACAAGGUGGUUUCCAACAGGGACCACAAGGGCGACAAGGCCAAGGGCAACAAAGUGGUUCCCAGCAGGGACCACAAGGGCAACAAGGACAAGGGCAACAAGGUGGUUUCCAACAGGGACCACAAGGGCGACAAGACCAAGGGCAACAAGGUGGUUUCCAACAGGGACCACAAGGGCGACAAGGCCAAGGGCAACAAGGUGGUUUCCAACAGGGACCACAAGGGCGACAAGGACAAGGGCAACAAGGUGGUUUCCAACAGGGACCACAAGGGCGACAAGGACAAGGGCAACAAGGUGGUUUCCAACAGGGACCACAAGGGCGACAAGGACAAGGGCAACAAAGUGGUUCCCAGCAGGGACCACAAGGGCAACAAGGACAAGGGCAACAAGGUGGUUUCCAACAGAUACCACAAGGGCGACAAGGCCAAGGGCAACAAAGUGGUUCCCAGCAGAUACCACAAGGGCGACAAGGACAAGGUGGCGGCUACCAGCAGCGUCCACCUGCACAACAAGGACAUGGACAACAAGGUGGCUACCAGCAGCGUCCACCUGCACAACAAGGACAUGGGCAACAAGGUGGCUACCAGCAACAUCCACGACAAGGUCAAGGGGAACAAGGUGCCAAGAGCCAGGGCCAAUACCAAUCUCGUGGACCACCUCAGCAACAGCAGGCUGCUCCAUUACCGCCUCAGCCAGCCGGGAGCAUAAAGCGCGGAACAAUCGGCAAACCCGGCCAAGUAGCCGUCAACUACCUGGACAUUGACAUGUCCAAAAUGCCGCCUGUGGCAUACCACUAUGAUGUGAAGAUCAUGCCUGAGCGUCCCAAAAAGUUUUACAGGCAGGCAUUCGAACAAUUUCGCAUGAAUCAAUUGGGCGGUGCAAUAGCCGCCUAUGAUGGCAGAGCCUCUUGCUACUCAGUAGAUAAGCUGCCAUUGAAGUCCCAAAACUCGGAAGUGACUGUAACAGAUCGUAACGGUCGUACUUUGCACUACACGAUAGAAAUCAAGGAGACGAAUGAUUCGAAUAUUGAUCUUAAAUCGCUAACUACCUAUAUGAAAGACCGAAUUUUCGACAAGCCCAUGCGAGCCAUGCAGUGCAUGGAGGUUGUGUUGGCUUCACCCUGUCACAACAAAGCCAUUCGUGCCGGUCGUUCCUUCUUUAAGAUGUCGGAACCUGGUCAACGUUUCGAACUGGAUGAUGGAUACGAGGCCUUGGUCGGUCUUUAUCAGGCUUUUAUGCUGGGCGAUAAGCCAUUUCUAAAUGUAGAUAUAUCGCACAAAUCUUUUCCGAUUGCCAUGUCGAUGAUCGAAUAUUUGGAGCGAUAUGGAUUAAAGGCUAGAAUCAGCAAUACAACCGAUUUGGACUCUUCACGACGCUUCCUUGAGCCGUUCCUCAAAGGCAUUAAUGUGGUUUACACACCUCCUCAGUCUUUUGCUAGUGCUCCAAGGGUAUACAAAGUAAAUGGACUUUCGCGUUGCCCGGCUAGCAAGGAGAUCUUCGAACACGAUGGUAAGAAGGUCACCAUUGCGUCCUACUUCCAGAGUCGCAACUACAACUUGAAGUUUCCCCAACUUCAUUGCCUGGAUGCCGGACCUCCGGCAAAACGUAUUCUGCUGCCCAUCGAGCUAUGCUCCAUCGAGGAAGGUCAAGCCCUAAAUCGCAAGGAUGGGGCUACUCAGGUGGCCAAUAUGAUAAAGUUCGCAGCCACAUCGACGAAUGUGCGAAAGGGCAAGAUUAUGAACAUGCUGAAAUUCUUCCAGCACAACCUGGAUCCGACCAUCAGUCGCUUUGGAAUCCGCAUUGCCAACGAUUUUAUUGUGGUUAGCACGCGCACCCUAAACCCACCGCAGGUGGAAUAUCAAGGUAACAAGUGGUGUGGGGUGAGAAACGGAUCGUGGCGCAUGGACAACAUGAAGUUUCUGGAGCCCAAGCCCAAGGCGCACAAGUGGGCGAUCGUGUAUUAUGAUCCGAGGCAUGGUCGCAAAAUGCAUUUCAACCAGGUGGCUGAUUUUGAGCGACAAGUGCUUGCUCAAAGCAAGUCAGUCAACAUAAGCUUGGAGUCUAAGGCGGAAUUUAGGACGUUCAUGGACGAACGCGGCCUUGACGAUGUGUUCGCGGAUCUGAAGCGCAGCCAGCAUGAUCUGGCAUUUGUAAUUAUUCCUCAGUUUGGAACUUCUUACGACAUCAUUAAGCAGAAGGCCGAACUGCAGCAUGGAAUUUUGACGCAGUGCAUUAAGCAGUUUACCGUGGAGCGAAAGCUCAAUCCCCAGACGAUUGGAAAUAUUCUACUUAAGGUCAACUCCAAGCUGAAUGGCAUCAACCACAAGAUCAAGGAUGAUCCUCGUCUGCCGAUGCUGAAGAACACCAUGUACAUGGGAGCCGAUGUGACCCAUCCAUCGCCCGAUCAGCGCGAGAUUCCCAGUGUGGUCGGCGUAGCAGCCUCACACGAUCCCUACGGAGCCGCUUAUAACAUGCAAUAUCGUUUGCAGCGAGGGGCUCUGGAGGAGAUAGAGGACAUGUACUCGAUAACGUUGGAGCACUUGCGCGUAUAUCAUCAGUACCGUAAGACCUACCCAGAGCAUAUCCUCUAUUACCGAGAUGGCGUGAGCGACGGCCAGUUUCCGAAGAUCAAAAACGAGGAACUGAGGGGUAUUAUUCAGGCCUGUUCGAAGGUGGGCAUUAAUCCAAAGAUUUGCUGCGUGAUUGUGGUGAAGCGUCAUCACGCACGCUUCUUUCCCAACGGUGAGCCAUCACAAUACAACAAGUUCAACAACGUGGACCCCGGAACCGUGGUCGAUCGCACCAUUGUACAUCCCAACGAGAUGCAGUUCUUCAUGGUCAGCCACCAGUCCAUCCAGGGCACGGCUAAGCCAACACGCUACAAUGUGAUUGAGAACACAGGCAAUCUGGACAUUGACCUGUUGCAGCAGUUGACCUACAACCUGUGCCACAUGUUCCCACGUUGCAAUCGCUCGGUCUCAUAUCCGGCUCCAGCCUAUUUAGCCCAUUUGGUGGCCGCACGCGGCCGCGUUUAUCUCACUGGCUCCACUAGGUUCCUGGAUUUGAAGAAGGAGUACGCAAAGCGCACGAUUGUCCCCGAAUUCAUGAAGACAAACCCCAUGUACUUUGUCUGAGCAUUUUCAUCUUUUUUUUUCAAGUUAUAUAUUAUCACAUUUCUUAAACCAUAAUACAAAUAUAAAUUAUGUCAAGGAGGAUCUCUUUCGAUUGCAUUAUGAGCUUCCAUUUAAAAUGACGCCUAAAUUUGAAUUAAUUUGUUUGUGGCAUUUUAGAACCUUAAAAAGUUAAGAAAGCUCAUAAUGGAGUCAACAGGGGCGCUCUUUGUGGGCAUAUUAAUCAACUUUAAAUAAUAAUAAUAUAUAAAGCUCAACUAAA